AUGACGCGCCGGUUGGGAUCUACGUGUGGCAAAAACAAUUCUCGGGAUUUUUGGAGAGCCUUGAAGGGAGGGCCGGCCAUUGAAACCAUUCGAAUUCCGGUGCAGUACGAAGACUUGACUGAUGGAUUGAUGAAACACCGCAUUGAAGAGCGACCCAUUCUGGACCCUCAUUCAGUGAUACAUUUUCUUUUUGAAACUGCACAGCUCAAAAUUCCUCCAGCACAUGUCCAGCAGUAUUGGAGGCAUCAUGCUGAAUGUGGCGAAGAGUGGGCACAGGACCCUUCAACUCAUCAAAUGAUUCCGCUCGGAAUCUUUGGGGAUUCGGCGAGGGUCAGCACGCAGUUUGGAUCUGUGAACAUCGUUGGGAUAUUCAUGAGUAUUGUCCUUUUUAGGCCACAUUCAGUGCGGUGGUCAAGGUUUCUUUUGUUCAGCAUCGGCGAACACGAGUUAUGGAAGCAUCACACGCUCAACACGGUGUAUCGGCGACUGACGUUUAGUUUCAACUGUUUGUUUGAGGGUGUGCAUCCGCGCUUUGAUCAAUAUGGCCAUCAGCUUCCACCUCACCUGGAGAAAAAUGCGGGUAAACCCAUCACCUCAGAUAGGCAGUGCUUUUGUGUGACCGAAGUACGGGGUGACUGGUCAUGGCACAAAAAAGUUUGGCGGUUUGAGAAAACAUCGUGGACGGGAGUGAGGGUGUGCCAUUGGUGCCCAGCCAAAUCAAAGGGUGCAUGGCCUGAGCUCUACUGGAAUUUGACUGAGCAAUCUUGCUGGCACAAUGGGAACUUUACGUUGGGGGAGUUCAUUGAGCAAAGGCUGCCCUCGAUGGGAAUUUGUCCACUUUUGGAGCUGAAGAACUUCAAGCCUUCAUGCAUCCGCUGGUGUUUAAUGCAUGUGGUCCACCUUGGGCUAUUGUUCCGGGUGAAUGGAAGUGCAGUGAAUCUCUUGCUUCGUGCUGGAGUUUUUGGCGAUCCUGAGAGUGAAUCACGAUCACUUCUUUUGGCCAGGGCAUACCAGCAGUUCAAACGUUUCUGCAGAGACAAACGGAUUCCUUGCUCACAAAGCCCAUUCAAAGAAAACACUGUUUACAAGAAGGAUGGUGACAUCUCUUUUACGCUGAAGGCCUACAAUGGCCGAUGUGUCCUUGCCUGGCUCUCUGAUGCUGUUUACGAAGCAAGUCUCAACCCGAUGCAAGCUGCUAUUGAUGAACGUUUUCAUCUCAUCACUUGCGCUUUGAGGCACCUGGCCAGAUUUCUUGGUCUGGUCGAAGCACAUGGACGAUACUUGAAUCUUGGUUGCAACAAUGCUGGCCAUGGAAAACCUAAGAGAGCUACAAAUAUCCAGAACCCAAAAGUGCCACAAUCAAACUCUCAAUGA